AUGGAUGAUGAAUGGUUUGUUGGAGUGCAGAACAUCAAAAACACAGAGUACACAGUUGUGGGUUUGACCUCAGGGGUUGAAUAUGUACUCACAUACAAAGUCUCUGAUCUGCCUGAGGGAGAAGUCUUCUACUUUAGAGUGACCGGUGAGAACGAAUAUGGCAUCGGUGUCCCUGCAGAAACCAAGGAAGGAACCAAAAUCUCUGAAAAACCAAGCCCACCAGACAAGCUGGCAGUGACGGACGUUACCAAAGAGAAUGUUACUCUGGCUUGGGCAAAACCUGAACAAGAUGGAGGCAGUAGAAUUACAAGCUACCUUUUAGAGGCUUUGGAAAAAGGUCAAGACAAAUGGGUGAAGUGUGGAGUCACCAAGUUUAUCCACUUGACAGUUUCAGGCCUGAGGGAAAAUGCUGAAUACUUCUUCAGAGUGAAAGCUGAAAAUGCUGCUGGAUUCAGUGAUGCAAAGGAAAUGCUAAACCCUGUAGCAGUAAAAGAUCAGCUUGAGCCACCAGAGGUCAAUAUGAAGGACAUCCCACACAAUACUGUUUAUGUAAAAGCAGGCCUGCCUUACACUAUUCCUGAUGCUCCAUCUACUCCAGAGGUCACUGGUGUUACAAGGGAGACCAUUACUGUUGCCUGGAAGGAACCCAAGUCUGAUGGUGGCAGCCAUGUGUUUGGUUACCAUCUACAGAUGAAAGACAAGAACAGUUUAUUGUGGCAGAUAGUCAACAAAACUGUAAUUCGUGCCACCCAUUUCAAGGUCACUAAUAUCAAUGCUGGACUAAUUUAUGAGUUCAAGGUGACAGCAGAAAAUGCUGCUGGCCUGAGUGCCUUCAGCAAAAUUUCUGAUGCUGUCCUGGCUAUUGAUGCUUGUGAACCACCUGUGAAUCUUCGUAUCAGCGACAUUACAAAGAACACCAUCAGUCUGGCCUGGCAGAAACCUAACUACGAUGGUGGAUCACCAAUCACUGGUUACAUGAUUGAAAAGAAAGAAUUAGCCAGUGGAAAAUGGUUCAAGGCUAAUUUGAGCAAUGUUAGUGACACACGCUUCACUGCUACUGGCCUUACUCAAGAUGAAUCUUAUGAGUUUAGAGUUAUGGCUAAGAAUGCUGUCGGCUCGGUCAGCAACCCUUCCAUGACAGCUGGACCAGCAACAUGUGUGGACACUUAUGGUGCCCCAGAGAUUGAAAUACCUCAGGAAUAUUUUCAGGAGGUUAAAUACAAGGCUGAAUCCAAUGUUGAACUCAAGUUUAAUAUCACCGCCAAACCCACUCCUACUAUUGAAUGGAUGAAGGAUGGCCGAGAGCUCAAACCAUCUGCCCAAGUUUCUUUCAAACACACAUCUGAAUCCACGAGUUUGUUCCUGCGGGACACGACCCGUCUUAACUCUGGAACCUAUGAGGUGAAGGUGAAGAACUCCCUUGGGGCUACUUGUGCUCUUGUCAGGCUUCUCAUACAAGACAAACCCGGACCUCCAGCUGGAGAGAUUCAGUUCAAGAAAGUCACUGCAGACAAUAUCACCAUUAUGUGGGCUCCACCCGCUGAUGAGGGAGGUGCUAUGGUUACACAUUACAUUGUUGAGAAGAGGGAAACAAGUCGCAUCAUGUGGUCCAUUGUCUCAGAGAAACUCAUGGACUGCAUUGUCAAUGUCCCAAGACUCAUCCAAGGAAAUGAAUAUAUCUUUAGAAUCCGCGGCGUCAAUAAGUAUGGUAUCGGAGACGCACUUGAGUCUGAACCUAUUAUUGCAAAGAAUGCUUUUGUUCCGCCUAGUGAACCAUCCAAACCUAAGGUCACAAUGAUUACCAAAUCCACCAUGACUGUGAUUUGGGAAAGGCCAGCAUUAGAUGGAGGCAGUGACAUUGAUGGUUAUUAUUUGGAGAAAAGGGAAAAGAAGAGUCUGCAAUGGUUUAAGGUGGUGAAGGGAACCAUAAGAGACACCAGGCAAAAAGUAACUGGUCUUGUGGAGAAUAAUGAGUACCAGUACAGGGUGUGUGCUGUUAACAAAGCUGGUGCAGGAAACUACUCUGAAGGAUCUGAUCUAUACAAAGCCUACGAUCCAAUUGAUUUACCUGGAGAGCCAUCUAAACUGCAUGUUAUUGACUCUACAAAGACCUCUAUCACAUUGGGUUGGGAAAGGCCAGUGUAUGAUGGUGGCAGCAAAAUCACACACUAUAUUUUGGAGCAAAUGAAUACAGAGGAAAAAGAAUGGGUGGUUACAAACCCCCAGGUGGAAACCUGCGAGUACGUAGUGUCACAUCUCAAACCAGGAGUCUACUAUUUCUUCAGAGUUUCUGCUGUCAACUGUAAGGGAAAAGGAGAAGAAAUUAAGUUGUACCAGCCGAUUCAACCCAAAGAUAUUCUCGAGGAAGCUGAUUUGGACUUAGAUGUUCAAAUGACAACUCAGUACACAGCCAGAGCUGGUCGUGAUGUUGAGGUGUUUAUUCCUUUGAAGGGUCGCCCCACUCCUAAUGUAACCUGGAGACGCGGCGAUCGCAACAUCGCUGGAGACAAUCGUUACAGCAUUAACAGCACUGAGCGGUCUACCACCUUGCUCAUCCCCAAAGUCACUAGGGAUGACUGUGGAAAGUAUUUCUUAGAAAUUGAGAAUGGUGUCGGCGAGCCUAAGAUUGUCACUGUAUCCCUCAAAGUACUUGACAGCCCAUCAACCUGCCAAAAACUCAUAGUGAAGAACGUGACCCGAGGAAAACUAACCCUCAGCUGGGAAGCCCCUCUCAUUGAUGGUGGUUCCCCUGUAUCUAACUACAUUGUUGAAAAGAAGGCCUCCACAAUGAAAGCUUACCAGGUUAUCACUAAUGAAUGUGCCAACACAACAUUUAAGGUUACUGGUUUGGAGGAAGAUUUAGCUUACUUCUUCCGUGUGUCUGCUGAGAACGAGUUUGGUGUUGGUGACACCUGUGAGACCAUUGAACCUGUCAGAGCAACAGAAACACCUGGAGGUGUCAAAGAUCUUGUCAUGCAAGACUCUACCAAAACCUCAGUCACCUUGCUGUGGACCAAGCCUGACCAUGAUGGUGGCAGCCACAUCACAGAAGAGUACAGGAGCAUCGGUCUGUUGGAAGGUCUUGAGUACUCCUUCAGAGUCUAUGCUGAAAACAAUGCUGGACUCAGCCCUGUGAGCGAGCAGAGCAAACAUGCACUUGCUAUUUCGCCAGUUGAUCCACCUGGAACUCCUGUCUGUAUUGAUGUGACAAGAGACUCAGUCACUCUGCGGUGGGAUGUCCCUAAGAGAGAUGGAGGCUACAAGAUUGUUGCCUACAGUGUUGAAAGACGCCAAGGGCGAGGGAAAUGGCUCAGAUGUAACUUCACAGACAUCAGUGAGACACAGUUCACUGUGACUGGUCUAUCACCUGGAGAUAGAUUUGAGUUCAGGGUUAUUGCCAGGAAUGCUGUUGGCACAAUCAGUCCUCCCUCAAAUUCCUCUGCUUACAUCAUGACCAAGGACGAGAGCAUUACUCCUGAAAUCGAGUGGUCACCAGAUCAGGUUGUCGCACUACGUGCCGGAGAGAAUGUAAGGCUGGGGUGCACCAUUACAGGUCGGCCUGUACCACAAGUCAUGUGGUACAAGGAUGGCAAAGAGAUUGACAAGAGAACAAUGAUUGACAUUGAGAUCACCACUGGUAUUGGCACAAGCAACUUGUUCAUCCGUGACGCUGACAGGAACCAUCGUGGAAUUUACACUGUGGAAGCUAAGAACAGUUCUGGAACUAAGAAGGCUGAUGUUAAUGUCAGAGUGCAAGAUACUCCUGGACCAGUCGAGGGACCCAUUCGUUUUACUGGCAUCACAGCUGAAAAGUGCACUGUCUGGUGGAACCCACCGGAGAAUGAUGGCUGUGCUGCUAUCACACAUUAUGUGGUUGAGAAGAGAGAGACUUCCAGGAUUUCAUGGGCUACUGUCACAUCCAAGUGUGAAGCCUGCUCAUUCAAUGCCACUAAUCUCAUCAAGGGCAAUGAGUAUCAAUUCCGAAUUUCUGCUGUCAACAAGCUUGGUGUCGGAAAACCUCUGGAUUCUGAACCCAUUAUUGCCCAAAUGCAAUACACUGUUCCAGAUGCACCUGGUACUCCAGAUGCUACUCACAUCACUGGAGACAGCAUUACUUUGGGCUGGACCAGGCCUAGAACAGAUGGAGGAAAUGAAAUUAAACAUUACAUUUUGGAGAGAAGGGAGAAAAAGAGUCUUCGCUGGGUAAAGGUCUCCUCAAAAAGGACUAUCACAGAGCUGAGACAUCGCGUUACAAAUCUGACAGAAGGCAACGAGUAUGAGUUCCGCGUCAUGGCUGAAAAUGGUGCUGGUGUGGGACCAGCGAGUAGCACUUCAAGACUCUUCAAAUGUAGAGAGCCAACAUGCGCUCCAAGCACUCCAACACUGAUUAAGGUUAUGGAUUCAACCAAGUCAUCUAUCACUAUAGAAUGGACCAAGCCUGUGUUUGAUGGUGGAAACGAAAUUAUUGGCUACAACAUUGACAUGUGCAAAGCUAGUCUGGAAGAGUGGCACAGAGUUAACAGCCAAAUAUGUAUUAAGACCAAGUAUACAGCAAAGGGUCUGGUUCCUGGAGAGUUCUACAAGUUCAGGGCUCUAGACAGGUUAACCUCUCCUGAGAUGAAUAUUGGAGCUGACUUUAAACAGACCCACAUUGUGAAGAAUGGUGGCACUGUAACUCUCCAUAUUGACUUUAGAGAGCCAGCUGAUGAUGGAGGCACAGAAAUUGCUAACUACAUUGUGGAGAAACGCGAGUCCGGUUCUUCCUCCUGGCAAGUGGUCAAUUCCAGUGUAAAGAGAACUACAAUUAAAGUGACUCAUCUGACAAAAUACAUGGAGUACACCUUCAAAGUAUGUGCAGAAAAUAAAUUUGGAGUGAGCAAGUCGAUUGAGUCUGCACCAGUUGUCAUUGAACAUCCAUUUGUGCCUCCAAGUUCCCCAACUCGGCCAGAUGUUGUGUCUGUAUCAGCUAAUGCCAUUAGCAUCAAAUGGGAUGUUCCAUAUGCUGAUGGUGGCAGCAAGGUUACAGGCUACUGGAUUGAAAAGAAGGAACGAAACACUAUCCUGUGGGUGCGUGAAAACAAACUGCCCUGUCUGGAGUGUCAUUACAAGGUUUCCAACUUGAUAGAGGGUUUGGAUUACCAGUUCAGAGUGUAUGCCAUGAACAUAGCUGGCCUCAGCAAAGCCAGUGAGGCCUCCAGACCGGUGUUGGCUCUGAACCCAGUUGAUGCACCUGGCAAACCUGAGGUGACAGACAUCACUCGCUCUUCUGUGUCCAUUUGCUGGACUAUACCACAGAAUGAUGGUGGCAGCCAGAUUGUUGGCUACAUUGUGGAGAGGAAAGUCUUCAGCACAGAUGAAUGGGAUGACAACCGCUGGCUCAAGUGCAACUAUACUACUAUCACAGAGAACUACUUUACAGUCACUAAUCUUGGAGAGGGAGACACAUAUGAGUAUCGUGUUAUUGCCAAGAAUGCUGCUGGUGUCCAUAGUGCUGCUUCUGAGACAACUGGAGCAGUCACCUGCAGGGAUGAAUACUCUCCACCCAAAGCAGAGCUGGAUAGCCAGCUGGUGGGAGAGACUGUUACAGUGGUGGCUGGUUCCGACGUGGUUCUGGAUGCAGCUGUAGGCGGUAAACCAGAACCCACAGUAUAUUGGGCCAAAGGAGAGAAAAUCCUGGAAUUAGGAGAAAAAUACUCUUUGACAUACACUUCAACUAAAGCCAUGGUCGUUAUCAAGAACUGUGACAGAUACGACACAGGCAGAUACGUUCUGACAGUGAAAAAUGCAAAUGGUGUAAGGACAGUGGCUGUCAGCGUAAAGGUUCUUGAUACUCCAGGAGCACCGGCUGACAAGAUAGUUAUCAGCAGAGUAACAGAAGAAAAAUGUUCUGUUGCCUGGAAGAUUCCUCUGGAGGAUGGUGGUGACACUGUUACACAUUACAUCGUGGAGCGUCGUGAGACCAGCCGCCUUAACUGGAUCCUCAUGGAAACUGAGUGCAAGUCGCUGUCAUGUGUCAGCUCUAAACUCAUCAAAAACAAUGAGUAUGUCUUCAGAGUCCGUGGCGUCAACAAAUACGGCCCUGGAGUUCCACUGGAGUCUGAUCCAGUCAUUGCCAGAAAUGCAUACACUAUUUCAACACCUCCAGGUACACCUGAGGCCACUGCUGUUGCUAAAGAGCAUGUCAUCAUUGAAUGGCUGAAGCCUGAGAGUGAUGGCGGCAGUGAAAUAAAAAAUUAUAUAGUGGAGAAACGAGAAAAGAGCAGUACAAGGUGGACACGUGUCAAUAGGACGUACACAAUCUAUGACACCCGCCUGAAGAUCACUGGUCUCCUGGAGGGAAGUGAAUACCAGUUCAGGGUGACAGCUGUUAACGCUGCUGGUGAUAGUCAGCCUAGUGAUGCUUCACCAUACAUUCUCUGCAAAGACCCAACAUAUACACCUGCUCCUCCAUCAAUGCCACGCAUCACAGAUACAACUAAGCACAGCAUUUCUAUGACUUGGACAAGACCAAUGUAUGAUGGUGGUUCUGAUGUCACUGGCUAUGUGAUAGAGAUCUUGGAGGAAGGGUCUGAGCAGUGGUACAGAGCUACAACAAAGGCUCUUAAGACCAACGAAUAUGUGGCUGCAGGACUAGCAGCCAAUAAGACGUAUAGGUUCAGAGUGGCAGCUCUCAACAGCAAUGGAACUGGAGAAUUCAGUGACCCUAGCGCUGAGAUUGAGCCUCUUGAGAGAGUUGAAAUGCCUGAUCUGGAGCCAGCUGAUGACCUGAAGAAAACUGUGUGUCUUCGUGCUGGUGGCACAAUGCGACUAUUUUUAUCUGUUACUGGUCGACCAACACCUGUGGUUGCCUGGAGAAAGACCGGAGUUGAACUGCAGAGCCGUGGUUACAUUGAGACCACAGACACAUACACAUCACUAAUUGUGGAAAAGGUGAAUCGUUAUGACUCUGGAAAAUAUGUUGUUGAAGCAGAAAAUCCAUCUGGCAAGAAGACGGCCACUAUCCUUGUAAAGGUGUAUGACACCCCUGGCCCUCCAGGCUCUGUAAAGGUCAAGGACUACACUAAAGAGUCUGUUGUCAUUACUUGGGAUGUCCCGAGCCUUGAUGGUGGUGCUCAUGUCAGUAAUUAUAUAGUGGAGAAGCGUGAAGCCAACAUGAAAUCGUACAAGACUGUGACUACAGAGUGCCGAAAGACACUCUUGAGGAUCACAGGACUGGAAGAGGGUGUUCACUACUUCUUCCGAGUUUUACCAGAGAAUAUAUAUGGAAUUGGUGAGCCUUGUGAGACUGCUGAAGCUGUUUUGGUUUGUGAAGUACCAUCAGUACCCACAGACCUUCAGAUGGUAGAUGUCACCAAGUCAACUGUUUCCUUGCGCUGGGAGAAACCACUUUAUGAUGGGGCUAGCAGACUGACUGGAUAUAUUCUGGAGGCCUGCAAGGUUGGCUCUGACAGAUGGAGUACUGUGGCAACAGUCAAAUCUUCAGUCUCCCAUUACACCAUCCAAUCUCUGACAGAGAAUGAUCAGUACCUCUUCAGGAUCAGAGCUACAAAUAGUAGAGGAGCCAGUGAGCCCAUGGACAUUAUCACUCCAAUUACUAUCCAAGAAAUUACUGUGAUUCCAAAGAUCGACAUGACAAAUAUUCCUCAGAAGAUUGUUCAUGUGCAUCGUGGAAAGCCUAUUGAUCUAAACAUGCCUAUCAAGGCAAAGCCACAGCCUGUCUGCUCGUGGUCUUUCGGUGGUGUUAAGCUGAAGGAUAGUCUUGACCGCAUCAAGAUUGAUAGCAAUGGCAAAUACAGCCACCUCGUAAUUCGUGAUACUACUAUCAACGACACUGGAGACUAUACUCUGGAGGUGAAAAAUACAGUUGGUGUUGCAACAGAGGUCAUCAAAGUCAUCAUUCUUGACAAACCUGGCAUCCCAGUUGGUCCAAUAAAGGUUGAAGAGACUGAUGGAAUCUCUGUGACAGUCAGUUGGGAACCACCGGAGAAGGAUGGAGGGGCCAAUGUCAGUGGCUAUGUUGUAGAACAACGUGAGGCUCAUCGCCCUGGAUGGAGCACAGUAUCGGAGUCUGUCACAAGACCAUGCUUCAAGUUCACCAGAUUGAACGAAGGAACUGAAUAUGUGUUCCGUGCUGCUGCCAUGAAUCGCUUUGGUGUUGGUGGCUUUUUGCAAUCAGAAGUUGUGGAGUGCAAAAGUCCCAAAACCAUCCCUGGACCUCCCAUUAGACUUGAGGUACUUGAUGUCACCCAUGAGGGCAUGACCCUGACAUGGCAACCCCCAGAGGACAAUGGUGGUUCCACUAUUGCUGGCUACAUCAUUGAACGUAAAGAAGCUGGAUCCGACAGAUGGUUAAAGAUGAACAAGACUCCUGUCACUAUGACAAGAUAUCGUUCAUCUGGCCUUAUUGAGGGCCUGGAGUAUGAACACCGCAUCACUGCUAUCAACUCUAGAGGAGCCGGAAAGCCCAGUGAGAGCUCCGCUAUUACUGUGGCCAUGGAUCCCAUCGAUCCUCCUGGCCCUCCAAGAGAGCCCAAAGUCACAGACACCACCAGGACUUCUGUUUCUCUUGCCUGGCUCUCACCAGAAGAAGAGGGUGGCGCUAUUGUUUCUGGAUACUUAAUAGAAAUGCAGAAGGUGGACCAAGUGGAAUGGACCUUGUGCAACACAACUCCAACAAAGAUGUGUGAAUACACCCUCACUCAUAUGCCUCAGGGAGCAGAGUACAAGUUCAGGGUCAUUGCUUGCAAUGCAGGUGGUGCUGGUGAACCUGCUGAGAUUCCAGGAGUUGUCAAAGUCCAAGAGAUGCUUGGUUAUCCUGACUAUGAGCUUGAUCGUAAAUAUGAAGAGGGCUAUGUGGUACGCCAGGGUGGAGUGGUUUGUCUGUCAGUGCCGAUAAAGGGUAAACCUAUUCCAACAUGCAAAUGGACCAAGGAUGGCCGUGACAUUGCACACCGGGCUAUGAUUGCCACUAAUGAUGAUGUGACUGAGCUGGUCAUUAAGGAUGCCCACAAAGAUGACACUGGAACUUAUGAUCUGGUGCUGGAAAACAAGUGUGGAAGAAAGGCUGUCUACAUCAAGGUGAAGGUCAUUGGUCGUCCAGAUGUUCCAGAAGGACCUCUUGAAUUUGAUGACAUUCAAGCAAGAUCUGUGCGUGUAAGCUGGAGAGCACCGUCAGAUGAUGGUGGUUCUGACAUCCUGGGCUAUGUGGUGGAGAGACGCGAGGUUCCAAAAGCAGCCUGGUACACUGUAGAUGCCAGAGUAACAGAGACAUCACUUGUUGUCAAGGGACUGAAAGAAAAUGUUCAGUACCACUUCAAGAUUUCUGCUGAAAAUCAGUUUGGUAUCAGCAGAUCCCUUAAAUCUGAUGAGCCUGUCACACCAAAGACACCACUGUGUGUACCUGAGCCUCCAAGCAAUCCACCUGAGAUCAUGGAAGUCACUAAGACUACUGUGGCCCUGUCUUGGGCCCGCCCUCGUGAUGACGGUGGUUCUCGCAUCACUGGAUACUUUGUGGAGAGGAGGGAAGUGUCUACUGAGAAAUGGGUCCGCCACAACAAGACCCAUAUCACAACCACAAUGUACAAUGUUUGUGGUCUUAUCCCAGAUGCAGAGUACAUGUUUAGAAUUAUAGCACAGAAUGACAUAGGAAAGAGUGAAUCUGGUCCUGCAUCAGAACCAGUUAUCUGCAAAGAUCCAUUUGACAAACCAAGCCAACCUGGUGAGAUCGACAUUGUGUCGGUCACAAAGGACUCAAUCACAAUUCACUGGCUUAGACCUGAACAAGAUGGUGGCAAAGAGAUCCUUGGCUACUGGAUUGAGUUCAGAGAGGCUGGAGAGUCUGCAUGGAAGAAAUGCACCAAAGAGCGUUCCAAAGAUCGCCAGUUCACCAUGGGUGGUUUGAUGGAAGCGUCAGAAUAUGAAUUCAGAAUCUUUGCUGAAAAUGAAACUGGGCUCAGUCGUCCUCGUCGCACUCCAAUGGGCAUUAAGACCAAACUAAGUGUUGGUGAGGCUCCAGUUUUGAAGGAGGAAAUGGAAGACACAACAACCAAGCUUGGUGAAUCUGGCACUCUUACUUGUGGUAUCAUAGGACGUCCUCUGCCAGAGAUCAAAUGGUACCGCUAUGGAAAGGAGCUAAUCCAGAGCCGCAAGUACAAAAUGAGCUCAGAUGGGCGCAACCAUUCACUGAGCGUUCUGACUGACGAGCAGGAGGAUGAAGGUGUCUACACAUGUAGAGCUACCAAUGAGGCUGGCGAGAUAGAAACCAGCGGCAAACUCCGUCUCCAGGCAGCACCACAAUUCCAUCCUGGCUUCCCCCUGAAAGAGAAAUACUAUGCAGGUGCCGGCACCAGCUUGCGUCUCCAUGUUGUCUACAUUGGUCGUCCAAUUCCUCAGAUCAUGUGGUUCUAUGGAAAGAAGCCUCUUAAUCCAUCUGAGAAUGUGAUUAUUGAAACUACAGAAAGCUAUACUCACUUAGUUGUGAGGAAUGCUCAGCGAAAGACCAAUGCCGGACGGUACAAGGUGCAACUUAGCAAUGCUUUUGGAACUAUUGAUACAUCUCUUCGUGUUGAAAUCCUGGAUAAACCUUGCAUCCCUGAAGGACCUUUGGUUGUUGAUGCCCUGCUGAAGAGCGCAGCUGUGAUUAGUUGGAAGCCACCAAAGGAUGAUGGUGGUUCUAUGAUCACGAAUUAUCUUGUGGAGAAACGAGAGGCCAAAGAAGGCGAGCAGUGGGGCCUAGUGUCCUCCUCCGUCACUGGCACCACAUGCCGUGUCAUCAAUCUCAUAGAAAGUGCUGGAUACUACUUCAGAGUUUCUGCACAGAACCAGUAUGGAGUCAGUGAAUCACUGGAAAUUCCUUCCGUUGUCAUUAUCAAGAGUCCAUUUGAAAAACCUGGCAUUCCACAACAGCCCUUCAUUUUGAGCUCUACAAAAGAUUCUUGUGUUGUUUCUUGGAAGCCUCCAAGCAGUGACGGCGGAGCCAAAAUCACAAACUACUAUCUGGAAAAACGUGAAAAGAAGCAGAAUAAAUGGAUGUCAGUAACCGCCAGGAAGAUUGUAGAAACCAAAUUUGAGGUUACAGCCCUGAUCACAGGCUUUGAAUAUGAGUUCCGUGUUAAAUGCGAGAACAUGGGAGGUGAAAGUGACUGGAGUGAAAUCUCCGCUCCAGUCAUUCCUAAGUCAGACCAGACUCCACGUGCACCUAUCUUCAGAGAGGAGAUUAGGGACAUGACCGUCAAGUACCAAGCCAAUGCCACAUUUGUCACAAAGGUGGUUGGCUAUCCAAAACCAAUGAUUAAAUGGUACCGCAACGGAAAGGAGAUCCAGGCUGAUGGAACCAAAAUAAAAUCUCAGGAAUUCAAGGGAGGAUACUAUCAACUGGUUAUUACAAAUACUGAUGAAAGGGAUGCCAUGGUUUACCAAGUUAGGGCUACCAAUGCAACAGGCUCAAUCUCCAUGAGCGCCAACCUUGAUGUGGAAGUUCCUGCAAAGAUCUACCUGCCAAAGGAGCUUCAGGGAAUGGGUGCAGUUCAUGCGGCUCGCGGUGAACACAUUACAAUCAAGAUUCCCAUCUCUGGAAAGCCGGAGCCUGCAGUUACUUGGCAGAAGGGCCAAGAAAUCCUCUCAAACUCUCCUUUCCAUCAAGUCAUCACCACCAGAUCUUUCACUUCUCUGGUCUUCCAGAAGGAAUACUGUGCUCCUGAGAUCCACCACCAUGAUCUUGUCACCACUGCCACAGACAUGUGCGAAGCGUUCAAGGAUAUUAGUAUUGAGGCUUUGGACUUUGUGGAUAGACUUUUAGUCAAGGACAGGAAACUCCGUAUGACUGCACAUGAGGCUUUGGAACACCCCUGGCUCAAGAUGAAGCUGGAGAAUGUGAACAACAAGCCAAUUAGGACUCUGAAACACAGACGCUACUACCAAGCUUUGUCAAAGAAGACUGAUUAUAUUGUGUCAGCAGCUCGCAUUGCCUAUGGUGGAGCUUUCAGAAACCAGAGAGGACUUGCUGUGGGGAAAGUCAAGAUUGGCACUGAGUACCGAGGCCUGCGGGCUGGUCCAGUUAUGCAUGCAUCGGCUGAAGAUGGUGGUCAUGUGAGAUUUACUUGCAGCUUCACCAACUUUGACAAGAGCACACAAGUAUCGUGGUACUUUGGUAAUCGUCAGCUGCACCCCAGUCCUAAGUAUGAGAUCAAUUACAGCAAUGGCUUUGCCAGUAUAUAUGUGAAGGAUAUCGAAGAGUGUGAUGAUGGUGUUUACAGAUGCAAGGUUGUUAGUGAUGAUGGAGAGGACAGCGCUUAUGGAGAGCUCUUUGUUGAAUCUGUUAGAAGCAUAAAAGAGUUCUACCUCAGCCGCUCAGUCAGGAAACUCAGGAAGAGAGUUGACAAGACAAAACUUCUCCAAAGACCACCUGAGUUCACACUGCCACUCUACAACCGCACUGCCUUCAUUGGUGAAGAUGUCCGCUUUGGAGUCACCAUUACUGUACAUCCUGAACCUCACGUAACAUGGCUUAAGAAUGGGGAGAGGAUCAAACCAGAUGAAGGUAGCUACACAGUGAUGGUUGAAAACUCUGCAGGCCGCCAAGAGGCUCACUUCACUUUAACGAUCCACAGACCACCUCCCAAAGCUGAAGUUAAGGCUGUCAAAUCACCAGAGCCAUCUGUGAAAUCACCAACCCCUAGUGUGAAGUCACCAGAACCUACUGUUACAUCUCCUGUUCCAUCCAUAAAAUCCCCUGAACCCAUUGUAAAGUCCCUAGAGCCAGCAAUCAAGUCUCCUGUAAAGUCCCCUGAACCUACCAGUGUUAAAUCGCCUGAACCUGAGGGAAUAAAAUCACCAAGAGGUAUCAAGUCCCCAGAACCUGGAAUCAAGUCCCCUCAAGGAAUCAAGUCUCCAGAACCUGGAAUCAAGUCCCCACAAGGAAUCAAGUCCCCAGAACCUGGAAUCAAGUCCCCACAAGGAAUCAAGUCCCCAGACAGGGUCAAAUCACCUGAACCUGAAGGAAUUAAAUCUCCACGUGGCGUGAAGUCUCCAGAGCCUGUUGCAGUCAAAAAACCUCUGGGUGUAAAGUCCCCGGAACCCAUUGGAGUUAAAUCACCAAAGGGUAUUAAAUCUCCAGAACCGACAGGAAUUAAGUCUCCGAGGGCUUUGAAAUCACCUGAGCCAACUGGCAUUAAAUCCCCAAGAGCUCUGAAAUCCCCAGAGCCAGAGGGAAUCAAGUCACCACCAAGAAUGAAGUCUCCUCCUCCUAUAAUGCCCCCAAAAAGGGUCAUGUCUCCACCAACUGUUAAAGCUUCACCCAAGGUACUGAGCCAGGUAGCAGCUGAAGCCUGUGAAGGUUCUGUGAAAAUGUCCUGCACAUGUGAGAGCAGUGUCAAGGAUGCUGUUUGGUACGUCAAUGGGAGAAAGAUCUCCCACAGCAGCCGCUUUGAGAUGCACUACUCUGAAGGUUCCUGCAGCCUUCUCAUCCACGAUCUGUCGGACAGUGACCAAGGAGAAUAUGUUUGUGAGAUGACGUCAGAUGGUGGCGUGUCCAAAUCCACCUUUUCCUUUACUGGGCAGGUUUUCCAAGCUAUUCUUGUGAAGGUCACAGCAUACAAAGAGCAGCAAGUUGCACUAAAAGGGUCCAUGACAAUGAGUCAUAAAGAGUUAUCAUCGGCGAUGGCGAUGAAAAAGGAAGUUCACAUGGUUGAGGAGUCAUCAUCCUUUUCCUCCACUCAACAGUCCAUGAUGUCCUCCAUGAUGGAGUCCAGCUCAUUUAGCAGCAUGGCAGCAGAGAUGAAGUUUGAGACAAUGUCAAUGUCCAGUAUGUCCUCAAUGGCUUCAGAGUCAUAUGCCAUGAGCUCAAGCAGUCUUUCAGAAAUGACAUCACACAUGGAAGGAUCAAUGUUCAGAUCAAUUGGGGGUCCUCCAAAGAUUGAGGCUUUGCCAGAAGACAUCAGCAUUGAGCCAGGGAAAGUUUUGACAGUAGCUUGUGCUUUCUCUGGUGAGGCCAAACACAUAGAAUGGUCACGCAGUGGAAAAACCAUUGAAGUCACGGCUGGAGGACGUUUUCACAUUGACACUUCUGAAGACUUGACCACACUUAUCAUCACUGGUGUGAAGGAGGAAGAUGCUGGAACCUACACCCUUAAACUAUCCAACGAGCUUGGCUCAGACGCAGCAACUGUUCACAUCAGUAUUCGAUCAGCGUAA